AUGCCACUAUUUAUACUGAAUGUUAGUAAGGAUAAUCAAUUUUUAUUAAAUGUGCUCAAAAAUAAUGUCUAUAAUGUAUAUAUAGUGUAUCUAACUUCAUUCCGAUUUAAAUAAAAUAACUAAGGGUAUUGUUUAAAAUGUUAAGAUAAUAAUAGAUUUUAAAGACUAAUAAUUAUUUUUUAAACUCUAACAACCUAAAUUGCAGAAAUUAUUUUUGUUGAUGUAACUACAUUUGAAUAAGUUGAAAUGCCUUCUUCAAGCAAUUAAUAUAUUUUCUAUGUUAUUGGAACAAUAAGUGGAACUGCACUUCUAUUCGGAGGGUUAGAUAUUUUUUAUAAUCUUCUAGAUACUAUACAAAUAUUGUCAUAUCUAAAGUAUAUUGAUUCUUAAUUUCCGUUUAAUUUAUAACAGUUUUUCAAUUACUUUGAAUUAGUACAAAUGAAUUUCAUUUAAAAAUAUUUCAAUAUUUAUGACCUUUUUAAUCUAUGCCCGAUUAAUGAAAACUUUAACAAUAUUCCACUCAAAAUUAAAUAAGAUGAUUUAACACCUCUGUUUAUAAUAAACAGUGCAUCAGUUAUUUUCAUUCGGUUUACUUAAAUUCUGAUAUACAUUGUUUCAAAAAAGAUUCCAUAUUAUUUACACCGACUAGAUUUUAAAUACUAUGAUGAUAUCCCAAAUAAAAAACCCAGCUUGAUCCUUAAAAUUAAAUACCUAAUUUUAGCUAUGAAAAUAUCUAUAACAAGUUUUUGUCUAAAAGUAUUACGAGAAUUCUUUUGUAGUGGAAUAUAUAGAGUUUUGAUUACAACUGCUUAUGAUUUUAAUUUUGCUAUAGUCCUUUAAUUGUAUUCAUUAGACAUAAUGUCAUAGAAUAUUUUAAUAAGAUUAUCCUCAAUACUUGCAUUAUUAACAUUUUUCUUCUACUUAUUUAUUAUUUUUCAUAUAAUUAAACUCAGUAGUUAAGAUAAAUAUGCAUUUGCAAAUUAUCAAAAUAACCUCAAAUAUGGAACAUUAUUCGAGGGUAUUAAGAAGAAUAAUGUAGGCAAAUAUUUUAAUGCUAUCCUGCUGAUUAAGAAACUAUUUUUUAUGUUAACUUUAAUAUUUUGUUAUGAAGCUCCAUCUGUUUAGAUAAUAAAUUUAAUUAUCUUUACUUCUGUACAAGCUUAUUUCUUACUAUCUUUUAAACCACUUACUGAUUCUAAGGAAUUCAUAAAACAAUUUAGCUGCGAACUUAAUAUUACUAUCACAUUAUUAUUAUUAUUGAUAUUAAGUUUGAAUGAAUAAUUAAGAAUAUUGACAGAAGAUAUGAAAGAUUAUUUAGGAUGGGGUUGCAUUGCAAGUAUCACUGCUAUUUUAUUAAUAUAAUUAAUUUUAGAUGCUAUUCAACAAUGGAUAUUUCUAUUAUAAAAGUAUAAAAAGUUAAAAAGAUUUAUAAAUAAUCUAUUAAAACUAUUUAAACCAACCUUAUUAAAAGAAAUCGAUCAUAACAUAUUUAUGACAGCAUGA